AUGCAAGUCAAGAGUCUCGCCCUCUUCGCGGUCAGCGCCGCUGCCGCUGCCCUCCCCGCCGAGUCGGAGCCUUACUACGACGAGAACACCAACACUCUGUCCGAGCGUUCGGUCAAGAACGGCAUCUUUGGUCGCACCACUCCUCAGGGCCAGGUUUGCAACGCCGACAACGCCCUCCGCAACUUGCGCGACGCGCGCUACAGCGUCAGCGCCAGUGCCUUCUGCUCGACCUGGAUUCAGUCGACGGUCACGGACACGGCGUACGCCGUCGCCACGGGCUACGACACAGCCACCGUUACCCCCGAGGCUGCCACCAUUACGGAUCACGCUGUCGUGCCCGCUACUGUUACGACGGGCACAGACACCAUCACGGUUUACACCACGAUCCCCCCGGCCGGCCCCUACAAGCGUGGCCAGGGCGCCUACCCGCCGUGGCUAUCCGCCAGCUAUCCUGUUGAGCGUGUGAGCAGUGCCUGCUCCUGCUUCAUCUCGGCGCCUUCGCCUGCGAUCCACCAGACCGUUACCCUCACCACGUCGACUCAGACUCUCACCAACACGGUGACGGCCGAGACGCCCACCACGACCAUCACCGAGACCUCGACCAGCACCACCAACGUUGCCGCCACGGCCACCUCCGUCGUUACCCGCCGCUGCGGCGUCGUCGGGUGCGGCAAGAUCACGUCCAUCAUCGAGGCCAGUCUCCAGUACAAGACGCUCGCCGAUUGCAAGGCCCGCUGCCUGGCCGUGCCCAGCUGCAAGGCCUACUCCUUCGGCGGUCCCGGCACGCCCGUCUGCACGCUCGGCAAGGUCCCCGCCAAGGACUUUUACUCUGAACUCAGCCCUCUUUUCCCUCAGUGCAAGGUGACGAAGCUGUAUGACGCGACUUGUGGGCAGUAAUUUUUUUUCUUCUUCUCAAGUCGCUCGCAUUGACGCAAGAGCUGGGUCUGGGCGUCCGCCGCAGAGUCUCGGGAAGGGCAGGCAACGACACGUCAACGCAUAUAAUAUGCAAUCGUGAAAAUUCUGUUGGCGAUCAGGUUACGAGCAUACACGAAACUAGACCUGUAUGUAUGUGAUGGCAUAGCGAAUAUAGUAGAUAAUAUUUAUCAG